AUGGACGUCCAACUCCUAGUCUACGACCUCUCUCGUGGACUCGCCCGCCAAAUGUCCAUGGGCCUCCUGGGCUUCCAACUCGACGCCAUCUACCACACAUCAAUUCAACUCAAUGGCCGCGAAUACGUCUAUGACGGCGGCAUCAUUGCCAUCACUCCAGGAUCUUCUCACCUGGGACAUCCUCUAGAAAAGAUUCAUCUCGGCACUACAAACUUGCCAAUGGACAUCAUCGAAGAGUACCUUGAUUCCGUACGGCCCAUCUUCACACUCCAAGCAUACGAUCUCUUCCGCCACAACUGCAACAACUUUAGCGACUCUUUCGCCAACUUUCUCGUCGGCAAAGGCAUCCCCAGCCACAUUGUCAACAUGCCACAAGCAGUGCUAGAUUCUCCCAUGGGCCGCAUGCUGCUGCCUCAAUUAACGCAGGGAGUAAACGCCGGCCGAUCAAAUGGGUCUAUUCUCGGCUUGGAGCAAAGUGCACAGGCUUCAACUAACGGGACCAAGGCGCAUAGAGUCCAACUGGUUUCAAGGUCAGACGAACUCUCGCGACUGCUGGACAGCGCAAAGAAUGCAUGCGCAGUCAUCUUCUUCACCUCGGCUACAUGUCCGCCUUGCAAGGUCAUGUACCCGCUCUAUGACCAGCUAGCAGGAGAGUUUGGAGGCCAGGCCACGUUUAUCAAGGUCGACAUCUCCCAGCCACAGUCGAUGGACAUUGCGCAGCGUUUCUCGGUUCGAGCAACGCCAACGUUUGUUACGAUGCUCAAGGGCAAGGAGGAGAAUAGAUGGAGCGGAGCGGACCAGGCGGCGCUGAGGGGAAAUGUGCAGCUUCUUGUACACAUGGCACAUCCGUCCCAUCCGCAUGAGAGACUGCGACUGCCUAGCUUCUCUAAUCCGGAUGCAAAACCAGUUCUCUAUACCAAAGUUCCACCGAUGGCGAAGCUGGAUGUCAAGAUGGGACCCAAGGUGGCCAACCGACCGCAGGUGAAGAAGCUCAAGGCCUUUUUGGAAGCACGGAGUACAGUUGGUCCUCAGGACGCCGUUGUCCCUGACCUCGGGGAGCUGUCCGAGUGUAUUCGGGAAUCGGUCUCUGAACUCCCUCCCGAGGUAUUGUUCGCCAUUAUCGACCUGUUUCGAUGUGCAUUGUCCGACCCCCGUAUCAGCGCCUACUCCGCCGAGGAGGCAGAGCAGAGAACUAUCAACACUGUCUUGAGUGUCGUCAACAGCAUGGACUCUUGCCCGUAUGCGUUGCGCCUGGUGACAGUCCAGAUGGCAUGCAACAUGUUUUCAACACCGCUUUUUGCGCACCAGGUCCUGCGAAAUGCGAGUCUCCGCUCUGCGCUUGUGCAACUCGUGUCGACAAGCUUUCUAGACGAAGCACACAACAAUGUACGAGUAGCGUCAUCAUCACUGCUGUUCAAUAUCGCCCUAGCGAAUCGUCGCGCGAGAGACGGAGAUUCCAACAAUGGUCUACAAGACGAUGACCAAGUAGAACUGGCAGCAGCACUCGUAGAAGCCAUCAGUCAAGAAGACAAAUCAGUAGAGGCACUUCAGGGCAUGCUAUCCGCCCUGGGUCACUUGGUGUACGGCACAAACCUGGACGGCGAGCUGGCCGAUCUUCUAAGAGCAUUAGACGCGCAAGGGACGAUAUUAGCCAAGAAGAAGCAUUUUCCAAACGAGAAGCUCAUAGUAGAAGUGGGAGAUGAGCUGCUGGGCAAGGGGCUGCGCAAGCCGUAA